CUUGAAAUAUAGAUGUCUAUUCAGAUCACAAACUGAAAGCAUACACCAUUCGAAGAGCUUCAGCUUCUCUCAGAAACAUCAUAACUAGUUUUUGUUUCUCUUCUUGUUCGUCAAUUUCACCGCAUAAAACCCUAAUUUAUAGAUUUUUAGGGUUCCUCUGAACACACACUAUCAAAAUCUCAAUCCAAGCUUUUAAAAACAAUACUCAAAACAAUGGAUAAUAAUUACAACUAUCAUCAACAACAACAAUGGCGUCCAGCACCAACACAGCCAAACAUAUGCCCGAUUUGUACAGCGCCGCACUUCCCUUUCUGCCAACCGUAUCCUCCUCCAUCUUCCUUCCCGCACAACCCUAGCUUUCCUCCUCACUUCAAUUCACCUCGUCCUGGACCUCCGGUUCGACCGCAAAGUCACUAUCCGCCGUGGCAACCUCCUCACCACGGAAAUCAAUUGCGACCUUUUGCCGUUGAUGGUGAUAUGGAAGCUGAUCGGAGUUUUAAGAGAGCUCGGAUUGAUGCGAUCGGCGGUGGUUCUCCUGGUUACGGUGUUGUUUCUGAGAGUCCUCGGGUCUCAUGGGAGAAUGAACGGAGAUUGAAGAUGGUUCGUGAUCAUGGUUACGGUUUAACUCAGCAGUCUCAGGGAAUGAAUCAUCACUAUGGGAGGAGUGAUUAUAGGAAUGGAGUUCAGCAGUUUAAUGGUGUAGCUCAUCCUCCUCCUCCUCCGCCUCAGCCUCAUCAUCCCUCUCCGUACGGAGGUUAUUUCGGCGGUCCUAAUGGUCAGCCCCCUCUUCCGGUUUCUCCACCACCGCCUUUGCCUCCAUCUCAUUCGCCCUCUCAGCCUUCUUCAUUGUUUCCUGUUACUACUAAUUCAUCUGCAGCGGUCACUUUAUCAUCAUCAUCAUCAUAUCCUCGAAUGCCAAAUGCUUCGCCAUCGUCUGUACAAUUAGCACCAACUCAGUCAAAAGUGAUUGAUGUGUCCCAUUUGCUGACGCCUCCUCAUCGAUCUAAUCGUCCUGAUCACUUUGUAAUUAUCCUUCGAGGGCUACCAGGUAGUGGGAAGAGUUACUUAGCCAAGUUGUUGCGUGACAUUGAGGUAGAUAAUGGUGGCAGUGCUCCAAGAAUCCAUUCUAUGGAUGAUUAUUUCAUGACCGAAGUUGAGAAGGUGGAGGAGAGUGAUUCAACUUCUUCAAGCUCUGCUAGAAGCAAAAGACCUAGUGUGAAGAUGGUCAUGGAAUACUGCUACGAACCUGAGGUGGAAGAGGCUUAUCGUUCAAGCAUGCUGAAGGCUUUUAAGAGGACCCUUGAAGAUGGGACCUUCAGCUUUGUAAUCGUUUGUUUUCUGGAAUUGACCGUUUCUUGCUGGUAUAUGUCGCUCAUCUUAGUGGAUGACCGCAAUCUGCGGGUAGCUGAUUUUGCUCAGUUUUGGGCAACAGCAAAGAGAUCUGGAUAUGAAGCUUACAUACUAGAAGCAACAUACAAGGACCCGACUGGCUGUGCAGCAAGAAACGUGCAUGGCAUCACACUAGAUCAAGUACAGCAGAUGGCACAACAAUGGGAAGAAGCUCCAUCAUUGUAUAUGCAACUGGAUAUGAAGUCUUUUACGCAUGACCUGAAGGAGAAUGGAAUCCAAGAGGUGGAUAUGGACAUGGAAGAUGAUUUUGGACUGCCAGAAAGAAAAUCCGAUAAUAGUACCCAGUCGGAAGAAAAGGGUGCAACAGAGGGCUCUUACAAAAGGGAGAGUAAAUGGGAAGCAGAAUCUGGCUCUCUUACAGAAGAAGUGAAAGAACUAAGCAGAAGUAAAUGGUCAAAUGUAGAAGAAGAUGAAACAGAGAACUCUCAGAGUGUGAGACGAAAAUCAAAAUCUCUUUCCAAGUCAAACCAAGAACGCAAGCAGAAAGGCAAAUCUGUUUGGUGGGGAGAUAAGGGUGGAGACGCGGGUUUUUCAAUUGGUGCGACAAGGAAUAUGAACAUGCCAUCUUUAGUUAUAGGCCCGGGGUCAGGAUACAACUUGAAAACGAAUCCUCUGUCGGAAAAAGAGAGGCUUGCACUAGCUGAUGCUAUUGGAAAAGCAAAGGUAAGAGUAAUUUUCCAGGAUCAGCUUAGAGCAGAGCGUGAGUCUUUCAAAGCUGUUUUUGACAAGAGACAUGUACGAAUCGUUACAAAGGACGACGAUUAAGUGUAUGAUUUUUCUCUGAGAAACCAAUUAUUAUAUGGCCUGAUCCUCGACAUUUUUGCAGUUCCCACUUUUCAUUCACAUCGAUCAAUAAAAUUCAGAAACUUGGGAAAAAGAAAGUAAUUUCAUUAUUUCUGUUGUGCUUUUAUAAUUGUGAUUUUGGGAUCAUGAAUUCUUCCAACUUUUAUUUGUGUACAUGUAUAACAUUAGUU